AUGGUGCCCAUUGUCCUCGGAGCUUACAAGGAAGACUACGAUGAUGCGCUUCCACCCCAUUCAUUCAUCAACGUGGAUGACUUCAAGACGAUUCGCCAGCUCACUGACUACCUGCUCUACCUGGACAGAAAUGACACCGCCUACGCAGAGUACUUUGCCUGGAAGGAACACGGCAAAAUCUACGAUUCAUUCAGAUUGGACUGUCGGCUGUGCGGUUUCGUGUAUCAGCUGAACGAAGGAAGGGUUAGAAUGCCGAAUCGGGACUUUCUCAAGUUUGUGGACACACACGAGCUCUGCUUUAAUCGACAACUGCUGCCACUCCAGUGA